AGGGGACUUUCGAUUUCCGCAUGCAAAUAGCUUAGGCUUGGAUAUGAGUGUUGAGAACGGCGCAUGUGCUUUGGACUCUGGAAAUAGUCAUCUUUCAGAUAUGAUGCCGGAUGUGGCUAUGGCCACCGCAUCGUUAGGUCAGCUUCAUUUGUCGAAUAGUACUGGAAAUACUAGCGGCCGUAGCAUCGGCAGCAAUAACGACAUGCCAGAAAGUUUACAAUUAGAUUUGGGCGAUGGUCCAAGCCCUCGCGUAGUUGGAAACGUUCCAAGUGCACUGACCCUGCGAAGUAUACACCACGCUCUGCCACAAAGCAACUAUCACCGCUUCGUGCAGCGCUCUAGCUCGCCAUUUGAUAUGAUGCGUCAUGGACAGUUAUCGCCCACAUCACACCCUCCAAAUCCUGGGUCAUUCAACUCUGGACCACCCAGGUUUUUAUAGAGGUUGCAAGUGGGCCCAGAUCCGGAGCACUUUAUUUUGGCAUGCCAUUCUGAACAAAAAUUAAACUAAAAAUGUAAUUUAACAAUCUAGAUAAAUAAUAUAAACUAUUAAA